AUGUUUCUUAGACCAAUAUUCUUUAGACGAAUGUUACUUAGACCAAUAUUCUUUAGACAAACGUUCCUUAGAUCAAUAUUCUUUAGACAAAUGUUCCUUGACCAAUAUUCUUUAGACGAAUGUCUCUUAGACCAAUAUUCUUUACCCUCGUCUAUAUCGGAAACACCAAUAUUCUUUAGACGAAUGUUUCUUAGACCAAUAUUCUUUAGACGAAUGUUACUUAGACCUAUAUUCUUUAGACCAAUGUUCCUUAGACCAAUAUUCUUUAGACAAAUGUUCCUUAGAAUAAUAUUCUUUAGACGAACGUCUCUUAGACCAAUAUUCUUUAGACAAUCGUUCCUUAGAUCAAUAUUCUUUAGACAAAGGUUUCUUGACCAAUAUUCUUUAAAUGAAUGUCUCUUAGACCAAUAUUCUUUAGUAGAAUGUUCCUUAUACCAAUAUUCAUUAGACGAAUGUUCCUUAAUCCCAGAGAAAUCUUCUGACAUCUUCCGAUCUGUUCAUAUCUAUCUAUCUAGAUAUCAAUGUUUAUUGAAUUCAAAUCUAUCUAUCUAUCUAUCUAUCUAUCUAUCUUUAUUGAUUUCAUGUCCAACGCAUUUAUCCCAUGGUGUUACAGAGUUUGGAUAA